CUUCCUUUUACGUUUUACCCACUUUAAUCCCUCCCCUCUCUUUUGUUAUUUCUCUCUAUUCCGUAAAAAUUCAAUAUGGACCAUAUCCACAUACAAAAGGCGAUCGAAAUCGUGCAUCAAAAGACACCCAAAGCGUUACUGCAAUUCUACCAGCGUUCAAGUCGUAAUGAGCUCCUUCUUUUAGGAGGCACGGCCUUUCUGACCAUCUACAACUUGGCCAAAUACAUCAAUGCGAAACGACAAAAACUUCACUUGCCUCCGCGUGUAGCUUAUGCGUUACCCGUGUUUGGUCAUUCCUUAUACAUGUUGUACGAUUCCAACCGAUUCCUGGAUUGGUGCACAAAGACCUAUGGCGAAGUGUACGAUAUCAAGAUGUUGGGCAAAACGAUUACCGUAGCUGGCGGUCGCUCUGGUGAAGAGGUUUUGAAAGCUGAACCUGAUUAUCUAUCCAUCAAAGAGGGAAUUCUUACAGACGUACUUUAUUUGCAUUACGCGUUUGAUGAAAUGACUUUCAAGAUUGCAUUUACGGUGAAUCCGCCUGUGGCUCGCAGUGUUAUUCCUAAUUCGAAAAUGGGUGGAUUUACGGCCAAUAUUUUGAAAGGCAUGGAUCAAGGUCUGGAGGAUCUAUUGCCGCAAGAGGUUACGACGGUCAAAGACGUGGCGUUCUUCUUGCAGCGGUUUGUGGCGUAUAUGAGCGUCCCUUCACUUGUUGGACCCGAAGUGGCGACAAAUCCAGAAGUGCUUGCGUCGUUUGCAGAUUUCACCGGUGAUAUUACCAGCAACAUUGGCAUUUUCAUGGCCACACCCAAGUGGCUUCAUAAAUUCAUUACACCUUACCUUCAGUCGUUCAGCCACCAUCGGCGCGUCAUGGUCGAACAUGUUAUUCCUGUCAUCAAAGCCAGACGUCAAAAGAUGGCCGAAGCAGCUGCCAAAGGCGAACCUCACAACUUGACCCCUACUUUCCUUCAAGGCUUAAUCGAACAUGUGAAACCCGACGGUACCACCAUUCCGGAAUUCGAAUUGUCCCAGUCCGUCCUGAUGAUCGCUUUUGCGUCCGUGCACACCACAUCGAUGAAUCUCAGCUUUUCGUUGUAUUGGUUACUGGCGCGUCCUGACUUACGAAAACGUAUGAUGGACGAAAUUGAGACCGUUCUGGGUGACGACCCGAUUACCAUGGAAGGCUUGGAGAAGAUGCCGUUUUUGGAAAGCUUUGUUCGCGAAGUGUUGCGCCAAGGUGUGGACAAGCUGGCCAACGGAAAGAAGGCAUUAAAAACAUUCACCUUUUCGAAUGGUUUUCAAAUUCCUAAAGGUCGAUUGGUGGAAUCCACUAACCGUCAAUUGAACUUUGGAUCCAAUAGUAACCGUUCAACGAUCGACAGCAUGAACCCUGAUAUGUCGACUGGCCGCGCCGCUACCACGCCAAAUCGCGAUUUUGUCAGCUUUGGUUUGGGAAAGCACUUGUGUCCCGGCCGUUUCUUUGCAGUCCACGAAAUCAAGUUGUCAUUGAUCACUUUAUUGCGUAACUACGAUAUUACCACCGCCAACGGCAAACGCCCUGAACCGAUCAACUACCUUGGAGGCAUCGUUGCAAUGAACUGCACGGAUCCUUUGGUCUUUACCAAGCGUCACUAAAGUUCUUUGCAGCUUAUUGGAUUUUUUAAUCGAUCAGUUUAUACACUGGCAUUGGGUUUAAGUCGUACCAUACAUUAUUAUUUAUCGUUGUCAUUUUUUGCUUUGUCUCUUUUGGGUUCACUGGGUAGAUUACAUAAAAUUGUAUUAAAUGGAU